UUGCACUAUAGCCAUCGCCAUCACGAGCUUGCCGUCAGCUCAGCGAGCAUCACGCGCACCCCGAGAACCCGCGUGUUGCGAAGUCUUCGCUUCCAUCUGCGGUGCCGGACAUUUCAGCCUCCCGGAACUUUUCAUACCCGCCACUGGGGGACUAUGUUUAAAGUAUUUUGGUGACAAGAAACUGGCUUUGCAUAUAAGUAGCAAAAAUGGCGUCGGAAAUGUCCGUGGCCGAACCGGCACCAGCCGCCGGAGGUGCCCCCCCAGACAAGAACGCGCCCGUCAUUCCUGACCUGGUCGUGUAUGCUUGUAGCUUCAUCAUCAUCUGUGUUGUCGUCGGAGGCGUUGUCGCGCUCUCGACGGUGAUGAAGGAAAGGCUCGAGAUCGGGAAACAAACUAGCGCUGCAACACUGUCCGCGGAUGCAGGAGCAGUAAGGCUUCUGGCCGUUGACGAAGGCGAGAAUGAAGAUUUCAGAAUUCUCAACGAUGACGACCCUUUCCACUACCGAGUAUCCAAGGCCCGAGACGGCGGUAAGAAGGUCCCAUUUUACGAGGCUGCCCAUUUAAAGGAGAAAGCUACAGACAAGAAAGUUGUGAAAGCGGCUAAGGCUCCUCCGGCAAAGGCGCGCACAAAAACGAAGAAAUCGACGACCAAGGCCCACGCAAAGGUCUCGACCAAGCGGCGCAGUCCUGCGGCGGAAAAACUGGCAACGCGCCGACGAGUCGCAGGGCCUUCGAAAACUACCAAGAGUCAGCAACGUAAGACGACAAAGAAACGAGCACAUCAACUUCGAGACCCUGUUGAGAGUGAAAACGAUACUUCGAAGAACAACAACAGUCUCUCGGCGAUUAAAGCAGGCUUGCAGAACGUAAAGACCAUGAACGUUCUCAUGGGCAACUUCACGGGCUCCGAAGACUCGCAAGGAUUAAACGAAACUGUGGUCCCCAACCUAAAACUCGAUGAACACGUCAACAUGUCCGACCUUUCAGAUAUAGUGCCAUCAGAAAAAUCGGAAGAAGGCAACGCUUCCGCAGAGCCUCCACAUAAGCCGCUCCAUACAUUCAUCGGUAUCAGUGUACACAGGCCGAAAGCAUCCCAUCCUCGUUCCAAAGGAAACGAUACAAGUGGAUCCGAUGGCCUUGCGUUGAGCAGCGUUCAAGGAAUCUCCGAAGAGCCAGUGUCUUCGAGUGCUUCUCCAGAAGAACGACGUGAAGGCCGUGCGGGUGACCCCCAAUCAGGAUCAUCUAACAUCACAUCGAUUAAUGACUCCUCAGCUGACGUUUCUGCUCCCACGCCAUUACCACUAGGCGUAGCGUCCGGUUCCAAUGAGAGCUUUACUGUGGUUUCGUUCGAAAGUACAUCAGGAAAAGCCUCUGCACGUAGAGAGCGGCUGUCUGAUAAAUCGCCUGGGAGCAUAGCAACCAACGCCUCCGCGGGGGGUCCAGCGGCAGGGUCUGAGUCUUCGUUAAAGUCAAGAAAUGAGAGCCACCUGCUGCUUGAAAGUACGCCAGGGGUUCCAGGAUUAGUGGGUUCAGCGUCAGAGUCUGAGACGUCUCUACCAGGUCGCGUACCAGGAGACACUAACAGCACUAAGACCGUCUCAGAAGUCCCUGAUUCUCCAAACAAUCCUCCGUCGUUGGUUAAGCAUCCGAGCUCCGCGAGUCCCGAGUCAAAAUCAUCUUCACCUAAGAGCCCUGAGAGCUUAGCCCGUGGCAGUCCUGUGUCAGAGUCUAAUAUUACUGCACGAGGAGGUCAGGUGAACGACAGUUCCAUGCCAGGACCACCGCUUGAGAAGAAUGAAAAGGAGCAAAGCCCAGCAUCGGGGAUCCCCGAAAAGCCAGUGGGAAGUAUUCCGGGAGGCGAACCAAGGAGCCAGCCCGCAGCUCCCGUCGGGGCGUCUGCCAGGCCACUUUUUUGUCAUUUCAAUCAUACCAACGCUGUUGGGCUUGGGGCUUUAAAUUUCGAACCAACUGAGCUGCCGUACCAGUACUGUACCCAUGUUGUGUAUGGAAAUAUUAAGAUUUUUCCAACGACGGUACUUCUUGAUCCAGAGACGUCUGACAGAGAUGACUUGGAGAGAUACGCUGCAGCCAAACGCAAGUUCCCCAAUGUGAAAUUCAUGGUCACCAUUGGCGGUGAAGAACAAGAUGAUAUCGCACUGGCAGAAGCAUUCAAAGAUGACGUCAAACUAAAGCUGCUGACUAAUAGCAUCGUGGCACUGGUGCAGAACUUCACGCUAGACGGUGUCAAUUUGCACUGGGAUGAACCAGACCUCGAAGGGGACGUUGAAAGGGACGCGAUAGGACUCUUGAACUUGGUCAAGGGUCUGAAACAACUCCUCACAACUAGCAUCAUAGCCGUAACCUUACCAAACGACCAUGAAGAGAGGGUUGCUGUCUUCAACGUGAAGGAGCUGGCAGCCGCUGUAGACUACCUCUUCCUGAACACGCACGAAGUUUACAGUCCGUACUCGGCAUUGACUCGGUUUCCGGGACCUGCCCAAGAUGUUGAAACUGGAGGGAUGUUCACCGCCAUUUCGGAGGUGGUAAAGGAAUUGGGCAAUCACCCACCGAAGAGCCUCUGCUUCACUGUGGGACUACAUGGAGUCGCGUAUCAGGUUGCCGCAACGGCACGACUGGACAAGUACGUGCCACUAGCAAAUACAACACGGGAUCCAAGUCGUCCUCCUGAGGUUCAGCGUGAGGGCCACGUGAUAUCUUAUCCAGAGAUCUGCUCGCUGCAACUGAAUUGUAAUCGAGCAAUAAUCGAGAAGUCUUGCUACGACAAGGUGAAAGACACGUGGUUUGGCUAUGCCGAUGAAAAAGCAAUCGGAUCCAAGGUGAAAUGGAUUCUUCAGGAAGGCUGGGAGAACCUCUGCAUAGUAGCAUGGAACAUUGACAUGGACGACUCCACAGGGAGCUGUGGUCACACCGGCGUCAGAUACCCCUUACUUAAAAGCAUCAGCGCCACGUCUCAAAGUCUUGUAUACUAACGAACCGCGCCAGCACCGGCUUUCGCGUGUAAAUAAAGUGUCCACGUAUCUAA